AUGUACUCGCAUAACAUUUUCGAGUACGUCGCGAACGCACGACGGAGUUCGCGAUCUGCAAAAAGUGAUCGUGCUUGCAUUUGUGAUUCUAAUUGUGAUACUUCAACACUUCCUUCUAGUAUUCCUAAUUCUUUUUCUCUUCUUUUGCGAUUUCUUAUAAGUCCAUGCAUUAAGUCAUAUUGUCUUUGUUCAACUGCGAUGCCUUGUUCACUUAUCACUAACCAUUCCUCACAUGACAUGAUCGUUUUUGGAUCCUCUGCGAAUGUUAGUGCUAGGUCGUUAGGGUCACUUAACCAUCCGUUCCGAUAUAAGGUUCCGUUUCUGGUUACGAAUUUUUUAAACACACAACGGCGUUUAUCGUUGUACCAGAAAGCAUUUAUUCCUUCUUUUGGUUCAAUGUUCCAUACGACGAUGGAUUCUUCUGCUAUGUGACAAUAUCCUUCUGAAUAUUUACAGUGAUCUACAUUUAUUAGUGGUGCGGAUAUUGUAUCUAACCCAGGGCGACUUAUCAGCGUGAUUGUUUUAAUUAUGCAGUUUGUGACUGACUUUUUUGUUUUCCCUAUGGACCAAUAUGUGUGUGCAAAUUCAAGUUUAUUAGUGGUUGCUAUUAAAGUGCUAAAGUCUCCAAACAAGUUUC